GAGCUCACCUCCUGGUCUAUAAGUACAAGCUGCGACAAUGUUGCCCGUUUCUCUGCAGGCAACCAUGAACCUGACAGCUCGUCUGCUGCUGCUUGCCACAGCAUGUGUGGUCAGCGGGGCUCGACUGCCCAAGGCCUUAUGGCAGUUUGGGGAUAUGAUCGAAUGUGCCCAGCCAGGAGUUAACCCUCUGAAGUACAACGAUUACGGCUGUUGGUGUGGCUUUGGGGGCACAGGAAGCCCACGGGAUGACUUGGACAUGUGUUGUUACGUCCACGACAAAUGCUAUGAAAGAAGCAGAAAGACUCCUGGAUGUACGGCCAUUACUGAUCUUCCAUAUGUUCUGGUUUAUGAUUUCACCUGCUCAGAUAACCAAGUCACCUGCUCAGCCAUGAAUGACAAGUGCCAGGCGGCCGUGUGCGAGUGCGAUCGAAUAGCAGCUCAUUGCUUCGAGCGGGCCGACUUCAACCCUAAAAACAAAAACCUGGAUCCAAAAGUCCACUGUGUAAAUUGAGCAACACAAUCAAUAAAGGAAUAUGUUUUCACCACAC